GUUUCUUCUCUCCCCCGCCCCCCAUCUAUUUCUUUGCCUCUAGCUUCAUCUUGCAUUACAGUGGCUGGCACAUGAAGGAGACAGGUGACUUGUGUUGCGGCAGCCUCUCUUCCUUUCCACAGCUUAUAGAGCUGAUAGAUCUCUUUACAGGCAGAAGUUUUCCAUCUCUGUCAUUUCCUACAUGCCGUAGGUAGCGGAUUAUUACUAAAGGAUCUCUGGCAUUAGUGUGCUGGAAUCCAGGCUUUUCAUCAUCAAUCGCUCCCUAGAAAGACUUUCCCUGUCGGUGUAUGGACUAACACAGCUGCUACUCCGAAACCUGUGUAUGGCAGGGUAACACAUCAAGUUGAUGCAAGCUUUGGCUGAAGAUUUGAUGCAAAUGAAGCAAUUCAAGAGAUGAAAGCCUAUGCCAUAUUUUUCAACAUAAAUGGCAAACCUUGCAAUAUGAAUUGAAAGUAAAUGAAAUGCAAAGAAGGAAAGAGAAAAACAGCUGACCCUAUCACUGGAGGCAAAAUAAGGCCACUUGGUGUAUCUUUUUUUUUUUUAAUAUCAUUUCAGUACAAUUGCUCAAAGAAUGUGCAAUAAUGAACAUAUUAGCAAGUAGUAGUUUUUGAUUGAUGCCCAUCGUAAAAUGAAAACGGUCAAUUCUUGAUCUGAUUUAACAUCCAUUUUAAAAAAGUCAAACUGUUGCUGAAAUAAUAUCAUCGUAUCAAGUAGUGUUUCAGGUUGGCCAUCCCAGAGAUGAAACUGAACCUAUUUUAUAAACUACAGUAAAGUGUGUUAUAAUCUAUCCAGUAAGUCUUUCUCUCAGGAAAGGUAAGAAAAAAAAGUCAUAGUGGAAAUAUAAAUGUAGUGUAACAAGUCAUUCAGAACAUUUCUUUGCAUAACACCUCAUCAGUUCACAAAAGUAAUGUCAUGUUUUUGGAUGAAAUUUCAAAGAACUGCACUCUGAGCUUACCUGCAAUUAAUUUAUCUGAUGGGUUAAUAAAAAAGAAAAAUAUAUGAAGAAAUUAGAAGGCAGGACAACAAAUAUGGAGAAGGCAGCUAAAGAAAUUCAAAUGGAAAACACAGCACAAUCAGAAAAUCCUAGUGCAGCAAAACUGUGCUCUUCAACUGAAGAACAGGCAGAAAAACUCACAAUGUUUUGUUUUAAGAAAAGAAAGAAGUCAUGUAAGAAGGCAUUGGAGAUGAAAGGUGUCUGUGAAGAAGACUCUGUAACCUUGAAACAUACUAGCCAAUCCAUCAGUGCAGCCCCUGGAGAAGGGGAAGUUUCCAACCAAUCUCAGUCAUCAAGGGGAACCUGGACAACUAUAAAACGUCUAGUGACACCUAAGAGAAGGUCAAAAUCUUCAAGGAAGCAGACACACUCUGAUUCUCAAGUGCAACUGGAGAUAAAUGCUGAGGAUCCUGGCUUGCAAAGUUUUCUAAAGAAUCGGGUUAGUUCUGGGCUUAAAAUUCCCUGUAUACGGUUCUCAAGAGGCAAGAAAAAACCCAGCCAUUCUGAAAUAACAGAAGAAUCAGAUUGCAGUGUUAAAGCAAAUGAACUGAUGGGCAUUUUGAAUAAAGUUAACAGUGAACCAGAGAAUUUGGCAAUAACAGUCAAAUCUAGCAUGGAUCAAUCCUUCAGCCAAGCCUCUGAAAAAAGUGACAGGAACUCACUUAAUUCCACUGGGAAGAAUGCGCUUUUGGUAGAGUCCAGACCAGACAAUGAUCAACACACACAGUGCAUCGUUCAGUCUGAAAUAACAAAUUCAGAGGCAGUUGCUAUAAUGCUUCAGGAAGAGCUACACCAGAAGAGCCUACAUGAAACUCCUGAACAUACACUUGUAGCAAACAAGGGAGUUGAUCUCAAUACCACCCUUAGUGCUAAUAUUUCUAAGGACCUACCAGAUAGAGUAGCUGAAGCCACAGAGGUACAAGAAAUAAAUAACAUCCAUGACACAGGGCUUGAAUGUAGAGAGUCUGGAAGGAACAUAAAUGCUAGUGAAGACUGUAAAUCCAGAGAGAGAAUAAUGAGUUUCAAUCAAUCGGCAUUUAAAGAUGAUGCAGUAAGCAUGCAGAGCUGUUUAAAUGAACAAUUGAAAUUAGAAGAAAACAAGGACACUAGUGGAGUGAGCAUUGUGAUUACAAUUACUGAAGCAGAUGAUGAGCCUGAUGAAGAGGAGUCGAACCAGGACUGCAAACUGUCUUCAAUUUCAUGUGAACAUAAGCAAAAGGGGAAUAAAAAAAUAAGUGGGAAGCUCAAUUUCAGUAAACUUGCUAAUCGCAAAGAGGCCUUAGUAGCAGGCAGUGGCCCCAGGAGGGAGGCUAAAGUCAGUUCUCCUGCUCAGUCACCCAAUGGUCUUAGUGAUCAGGAACACGAAACUUCAGAACAGUAUGAAUUGCUUCUGAUAGAAACUGCUGCUUCACUUGUUAAGGCAGCGAUUCAGUCCUCUAUAGAACAGCUGGUUAAUGAAAUGGCUUUGGACCAUAGUAAACAUAACAGUGUUCUGUAAUGACAAGAAUGCCCCAAAAUAUAGUAUGACUCAGCAGCAAUUUAAAAUUGUUUAGCACCAAGAUGAAAGGCUAGAAAGUCUUAACUCCUUAGGUAUUUGUGGUCUGUGUGUAGUGUAUUUCUGCAUGCUGGAUAGGCCAUUGUGUAUAUGUAAAAUGGAUCCAAGAAUAAGGACUCAGUCCUGCAAAGUGUUGACAGGCUCAUGAGAUUGGGCUUUAAAACAUUGUGAUUGUUGAUAGCUGUGGAAAAGAUAAGUUGUUUUAGUGGCUAUAUUUCAAUUUAUUGUCUCUUUUGCAGUUUGGGGGCUCUAUUAUGUCAUUAUAUAUUUUAGAUUUUUUUCCUAUUGUUUACAUUUUAUUUAUUAUGGGUUGCUGAGAACUCGCAACUAUAUUGGACCUGUACUCAUCGUAAUCAGUUGGAGUUUUGCCAUUGAUUUCAAUGUCAACAAGAUUGGGCCCAUUGACUUCAGUGCAAGUUGAGCAUGUUCAGAACCUUGCAGGAUUGGGUCAAUGUCUCAAGAUGCACAUACUCUUUUAAAAAAAUACUACAAUCUCAACUGCCAUGUCAAUGCUAUUAUUGUAUAAAAUGAGGCAGGUAUAUAGAGUGCAUCAUGUAAUUUGGCCUAUUCCACUGCCCAGAAUGUCUUGUGCAUCUCAUACCGCGUUGUGGUCAUGCACUAAGUACAAGUGUAUCUGACCCACAGGCAUGGGGUUGCCAAAGAAUGGUGCCAUUGAAGUCAAUGGUAAAACUUCCAGUUACAUCAGUAGUGCAAGUUUGGGCCUAAGUGAGCAAGUUACUGAUAUUCUCUUCUGAUGCCUUCCUUUGUUUUUAUAAUGUUGGAGUGCUGAGGCCUACCCAUUGCUUUAGCACAUUUUUAAUAUGUAGUAUGUAAUAUAAAUAGGAAUGAGCUGCUAGUGCACUAGUGGUACAAUAUUGCCUCAGGGUUAAAAUAGUUCCUGCAUUUGCAAUGGUCUCCAAUCAGUCUGUUUUAACUUGAGCAUUUUUUGUUUAAUUACUGCUAAUGCCCUUGACUGCAGCCAGCAUUUUUUUAAUAAGUCUUAGGGUUCCCCCCCCCCCGCUUCAUAGCUCUUCUGAACUUCAGCAAACAAAUCCAUCCUAUCUGUGUGUAACUGCAUUAUGCUACUUAAUUUCUCCUUGCAGUUUCAUUUGAAUACACUAUCAUUGGCAUUGUAUUCUGAACUAUAAAAUCAUGACUGGUAUAGAGAAAGUAGAUAAGGAAGUGUUGUUACUCCUUCUCAUAACACUAGAACUAGGGGUCACCAAAUGAAAUUAAUAGGCAGCAGGUUUAAAACAAAUAAAAGGAAAUAUUUCUUCACACAACGCACAGUCAACCUGUGGAACUCCUUGCCAGAGGAUGUUGUGAAGGCCAAGACCAUAACGGUUCAAAAAAGAACUAGAUAAAUUCAUGGAGGAUAGGUCCCUCAACGGCUAUUAGCCAGGAUAGGCAGGAAUGGUGUCCCUAGCCUCUGUUUGCCAGAAGCUGGGAAUGAGCGACAGGGGAUGGCUCACUUGAUACCUGUUCUGUUCAUUCCCUCUGGGGCACCUGGCACUGGCCACUGCUGGAAGACAGGAUACUGGGCUAGAUGGACCCUUGGUCUGAUCCAGUAGGGCCGUUCUUAUGUUCUUAACUGCUGGGUAUUGCUGCUUUGAGCUGGAAUGGCCCAAUCCUGCUCCCAUUGAAGUAGUCAGAAAAACUUCAGAUCAGGCCCUUAAACACCUGCCAUAGCUGUAUCCUGAAAGAGGUUUGUCAUUGACAGAAAAUAUCAAAUGCUUUGUUGUGAGAGUUUUUCUGUAUAUUGUAUAAUAUAUACAGUAAGUGUGUGUGUGUAUCAUUUGCCCUGUUCAUUACCAGCUCUUUAAAAAGAAACCUUUUGAUUGUAAUCUGUAAAGAAUGAAUGUGGGUCAUUGGGCUAUAAUUUAUUUGCAGCAGACAAAUAAACAACCAUAUUCUCCUGAAAA